AUUUAAUAAUAGUGAACAUUUACCCAGUUUUAAGCCAUGCUCAGUUUAACCCUCACGCUUCCCUUUAAGCAGUAAUCAGGUGUGCCUGCUCUGGUGAGUCUGAGAUGAGUCCAUAUGAUAGGUGGGAUCAUAUAUCACUGUUGCUGAGGCAACAAGGCUAUCAGUUACGUCAACAGCAUGGUGGACUUUAGAUCAUGUCAGUAGUCUUGAGGGAGGGACGUUACUGGAAGGCACCUGUGUGCAGGUGAGACGUGUGUCCAGCAAUGGCAAAGUUUCUGACCCAGACUCAAAUUAAUGAAUUUAAAGAAUGUUUCUCCUUGUAUGACAAGAAGAGGAAGGGGAAGAUUGACGCUAAGGACCUGAUCACAGUGAUGCGCUCUUUAGGCACCUGUCCCACCUACAGUGAGGUGGACCGACACCUGCAGGUCCAUAAGAUAGAUAAAACCGGUGAGCUGGACUUCUCCACCUUUCUGACCAUGAUGCACAGACAGAUGCAGCAGGAGGAUCCCAAGACUGAGAUUCUGGAGGCGAUGCGCAUGACGGACAAGCACAAGAAAGGCUACAUCCUGGCAUCGGAGCUACGAGCCAAGCUCACAGGCCUGGGAGAGAAGCUCACUGAUAAAGAAGUGGACGAGCUGUUUAAGGAGGCUAAUGUUGGCCCUGAUGGCCUCAUUCACUAUGAAGAAUUCACCAAAAUGGUCACCCUACCUCCUGUGGACUACUGAGAGAUGAAUGAGCUUCCAGUGUUUCAUUAAUUACUGAAUUACCUAAUUUUGUGUAACAAACAAAAAUAUUUACUGCCACCAUUCAAUUAAAUGUGUUUUUGAAAAAAAAAA